AUGGAUGCCUUUGCUUAUUGCUCCAAGUAUGGUAAGGAGAACUAUGACGAAUAUCGACGUCGAUAUCGUCUUAAAACUGACGACGAAAAUGGCAGCUUGAAGGACAGAUACGAUGUUGAAUUUGAGAGGAAACAAGCAAAGGAUGUGAUUCAUGUUAUCACGGCAACUUUAAAGUCUAAAGGGCUGGAAACUCCGUUCUUAAUACUUCCCUUCAGACCAAGUCAGAGUGAUCAAGCACUCAAGGAUUUCCUUAAUCUUAUCUUCAAGCAAGGGGGUGAGCUUCUGGAUGCUGAUCAUAUUGAGACAGUGGCUGAACAACAAAAUGAAGCGACAGCCAUGCCACCAGGAGGUCAGACUAACCGAUUACCUAAGCAGUUACAACAGAUAUUAAAGAAUAACGUUUAUCCUCCCUCUCCUACUUCAACUGUUGCAUCUUCUCAAUACAUGCAGGAGAUUCCAAAAGUAACCUUGAGAGUGAAUCAUCCAUCUAGAAACCCUGCCGAAUUGCUUUCAAGGGUAUCGAGGACUCUCAAAUUCGACAAUCCUACAUUGUUCUACACCAGAGAGGAUUUUUUGUUGUUGAAGAGACUUUUCAAAAAUCAAGACGCUAUCAUGGAUAAACUCUCGCCUGAAGGUUGUCGUAUAAUGGACAACGUGUGCCUAUACGACGAGGAUCUCGUAUCUGAUGGAUCGUCCAGGGGUAAUCAUAUAAGGUUUAAACUAGCUGCAGGAUGGUCGCACGAUAUGACAUCACAGUUAUCGACUAAGAAGAGUCAUGCUCCCGACUUCUUUACCGCUGAUGUAUCUAGAGCCAGUAUAGAUGACUACUUUAUAUGGGCAUGGAUGGCAUCGCUGGGUAAUGAAGAGACCAGUAUCAAGAAGAAGACGUUUGGUAAGACGUAUAUAAUGGAGGCUCAAUUGGCCGAGGGCUUUAAAAAAUGGGUGAUAGUAGAAGAGCAAGAUUUUGAGCGAGAUAAGUACGAUUUAGAGCUUGAGAUCAAACAAGAGAAGUUGAAGACGCUGGAGACCAAAAUCCAGAGUGCUCAGAAGCGGGCGACGACGUUAAUGAUCAAGUCGAGUCCUGCCAGGAAUGAUCUAUACGAUAUUACGAAUCAUACUGAUAGUCAGAAGGUUUUACCGCCUCCUCCACCGAAGAAAGAUUAUGAUAAGGCUCCAUUACCACUUGAGAAGGAUUACAAUAUGAGCAGAAAUGUUUCUAGAGGGUCCAGAAAGGCUCCUCCUCAGGACUCAGCAGAGGUGGAGUCUGCAAGACAGUAUGGUGAAACGGUUCAAAUGGAAAUACCUGUUGAAGGGAAGGGUCCGAUUCGAGCUGAGAUCCCUGUAGGGGGAAAUUCUGAAGGUAUGUAUAUCCCAUAUGGUGGCGUCAACUAUGUUGCUCGAUUAGCACAUGAACAGCCGAUUCAGAUUGAUUAUCGAGAGAAAAGCCAGUCUCCAAAACGUUAUUCGCGUUCUCCUUUAGGACAGCAGUUAGUGGAACCUGUUUCCAGAGGAAUAAGUCCUGUUAGAGACGACAAAUCUGCAGCUCCUUCACGUACAUCAAACGUACGUCACCCCUGCUUAAAUUCAGGUAAUUCGAUCCCAAUUUUGGGUUUUGGUGUCUUCCAGAUACCAGAAAAUGAUACCAGUAGCUUGGUCGAAAAAGCACUUGAAGUUGGUUAUAGGCACUUCGAUUCUGCCAUGGAUUACGAAAAUGAGGCUGGUACCUGUGAUGGCAUUGCCAAAUGGAUUGCCCAAGAUCCUAUCAAUAAUAAAAGAGAGGAUGUUUUUUAUACUACCAAGAUAUUCGAUCAUAACCAGGGAUACGAAAAGACCAAACAGGCAAUUAAGGAUUGCCUAGCAAAGGCCAAACCGAUUGGAUAUAUCGACAUGAUAUUGAUUCAUUCUCCUCGAACCAAUUACGAAAAGAGACACGGCUCUUGGAUCGCUUUGCAAGAAGCGGUCGAAGAGAAAGGUGUUAGAAAUAUUGGAGUUUCUAACUACGGAAUUAAGCACUUGGAAGAACUGCUGGGCUAUCCGGAUUUGAAGAUAGUUCCUGCUGUGAACCAGGUGGAGUUGAGUCCAUGGUUAAUGAGACAGGAGUUGGUUGAUUACUGUAAAGAAAAGGGUAUUAAUGUCGAAGCAUUUUCUCCAUUGACGAGAGGAUUCCAUUUGGGUGAUAAGGAUUUGAAUAAGGUUGCAUCGAAGCACGGUAAAUCGGCAGCUCAGAUUCUUAUUAAAUGGUCUAUGACUAAGGGACUUAUUCCUCUACCUAAGACAGUCAAUGAAAGUAGAUUGGCAGCUAAUUUUGACGUUUUCGAUUUCCAGUUGACUGACGAUGACUUAAAGCUUAUAGAGCAUAAGGGUGCCUAUGGUAUCAUCUCAGAAAGGUGGGAUCCAAGUACUUAUCCGUUGGAUAGUGAAAAGUAG